AUGGGCCGGAGGCAGACGGCGUGCCGGGCAUGCGCCGCGGUCAAGACAUGCUGCUCCCAGCAGGUGCCGUGCACGAGGUGCAAGCGACUGUCGUUGCCGUGCAGCCUCGGUGACCCAUCGUUGUCGUCGCCGCUGCCGCCGCGGGGCCGUGAUGAUGAUGAAGCGGCUCCGGCACCGGCGCCGGGCUCCCGGGCAGCCGGCCUUCGAGCGCGACACUCCAAGUCCAAGUCCGUCUGCUCCAACUGCCGUCGGCGGCACAAGAAGUGCGACGAACGGCGGCCCUCGUGCAGCGACUGCUCUCGGCUGGGGCUGUCCUGCUCCAUGCGCAGCGAACAGCACCCGGCCGAGUCAUCACCACCACAGCCGCCCAGACACAAGACCGGCUUCUCUCUUCGAGAUUAUGAAAUCGACAUGGCAGCAGCAGCGGACCCGGCACUUGAUAUGCCCGAUUUCGACUGGCUGUCGGUGAUCGAAGAGGAGUGCCGGGCAGAUUCGACAGCGGCGGCGACGAGCCUCGCACACAGCAGCGCCUUGCAGGUUCAAGUGCCGCAGCAAGCAGCACCGACAGGACUUGCGGCUGCCCGGUCUGCCAUCCUCGCGACUGCAUCGGCAAAGCUGGCGGGCAUCACGCCGGCGCUGCUUGAGGGCUGGGAAGUGGGCGAGGUGCAUCUGCUGAACCACUUCCUCCAGUCAGUGGCGCGGUCUCUGACGCUCGUCAGCGAUGAGGAAAACCCCUUGAUCUGUGUGGUGGUCCCCCUCGCCCUCGCCAAUGCAGCCAUGAGACAUGCCCUUGUCGCACUGUCGGCUUGCCACUUGGCCCGCACAUACCCCAACUUCGAGAGCGACAUGCUCCGCCACCGCAGCCUGGCGCUGCAGGCUCUUGAGGCUGAGCUGGAGCUGGACGGCCAGAGACGUACAGUGUUGCCACUCGCAGCCACCCUGCUGCUGUGUCUUCUCGAGAUUUGUGCUGGUGACUCGAGACGGUGGCUGCUCUACCUGCGUGGUGCGCGUGCCCUCUUGUGUGGCGACAUUCCUACAGCAGACGAGCGUGCCAUGGAGCUGUUGAUCGAUCUCCAUGACUAUCUCUGUGUGGUCGCUGCCGUGACCUCGGAAAAUGUGCCUCGUCCCUUCUUCCCAUCCCUUGGCUUGCUGAAGCCGGGCAAGUCGGGCAUACAUCCCCUGCUUGGCAUCGCGGCCGGCCUGUACGCCAUCCUGGCGCAAAUUAACCAGUUUGGAAUCCGCCAUCACCAGCUGACAAGCUUGGAACGGCAGUCGAGUGCACGUGAGCUCAAGGCCGAAGCCGCGUCUAUCGAGCAGGCCUUGGAGGAUUGGAAGCCUACUAGGGACCAACAGGGAGACGUCAAAAGCUUGAGCCAAGACAUGGCUGAGGCCCGGGCUGUCGCUUCCGCCGUUCAGUGCGCGGCCAAGCUACUUUUGCAUGACCUGUCUAGAAAUGACGCCGAAGGCGAGGAGACAUCAAGUAGCCAGAAGACCCAGGGCCUUGUCGACAAUAUUCUCUCCGCGCUAGCUUUCAUCCGACCCGGCUCACCUAUGAACGCGCGCAUGCUUUUUCCUCUGUUCACUGCUGGCCUGUUCAGCACAUCCAAGGCUCACAGGCUCACACUCGAAUUCCGCGUCAACCUCUUGAACGCCAGUCUCGGCUUUGGCAGCAUUGCUGGCGCCCACCAGACGCUAAACGUGGUCUGGGCACGGGCGAAUCAGGGUGAGCCAUGUCAAUGGAGAGAGUCAAUGCGUAGCACAGCUCCGGGCACGGUUCUACUGUAGCCCUCUUCCGGGACGUGGCUGGAAAUGUCUUGUAUUAUUC